GCUGGAAGACGGAAGAGACCUCGCUGAGUAGAGGAAGCUGACAGAGGAACCAGGUGGAGUUCGAUGUAGAUGUCAGGCUGAAGCGUCCCCCUUCUGGAACAGUCCGUCUGUGAGAGUCAGGAGAGGGACCAGGGAUUUCUGAUCCUCGGUACCCUUUUCUCUGUAUCUCAGAGAAACUUUCAGAGUGUCUUGUGCCACGUGGUGGCUGAUCCUCAGGGAAGGUGCCCAGGAUCACUGAUGAACUAUUAAAUGAAUGUUAUGCAUAUUCCCUUAAAACGGAAAACAAGAAGAUUUCAGUUACAGAGAGAGCAUAUUGACUGACGAUUCUGAAAAUGGAAUGGGGAGGAGAGUAUUCUCUUGAUUCUUCCAAUUUAGACUGUUUGUUAAAUGUCCUUCCUGGAGAAUUGGAGUUUCAACAAAUCCUUAGUGAUCUUGAUGAAAAAAUAAAGAAGAACUCUUCUAGCAUAGAACAGUGUCUUAAAGACCUGAAAUCAGAAGUAAAUGAAAUAUGUACUGAUGAGAUACUGCAAAGCACAACUGACUGCCUUCAGUGGCUAAAUAAAUGCAAUUUUAGUUCUCUCAGACCUUCUUCUACACAGCACGGAGAGCUGAUGGAGUUCCUUAGGACCCUGCAAUGCUUGCUGAAGAAUGAGCAAAAUCAAGAAGAAAUGAUACUUCACUUCCUUCUGGAUCUGUCUAGUCAGUGUGGUGUCUCAUUUCCCUGUACUCCAAGUGGGACGUCUUUUGAGUUAACAUCUUCCCUUCAUGCCAUUGAGGAUGAUUCAACUAUGGAUGUGAAAUCUCUCUGGGAUGAUGUAAGAUUGCAUCUUCGACGAUUUUUAGUAAAUAGACUGCAAAGUCAAGAAGAAACAAGUACUAAUGCUUUACAACAACAAAUGAAGUUUAAAACUCAGUGCAUACAGCAACUUUUGUUUCUUUAUCCUGAAUCAGAAGUCUUAAUGAAGUAUCAAAAUAUGCGGAAUAAACUGGUUAGCGAUCUUCUACAGAACUGUAUUUUAUCUAGUUGUGGUGAAACAAAUUUUGAUAAGGUGGUUCAUGGUUAUGAAAGUUCCAUACCCACAUUGUGCACAAUGAUAAAAGAGGAUUUGUAUAUACUCAGUGGAACUAUUGAUCCUUCUUCAUCACUGAAGUUUAUUAAUGAAACUUAUCUGGAUACCAUCACUGAAGAAAUGACAGUUCUUCUUGAAAGACUUUGUGAGCUGCAGUUCAAAGAAAAUGCUCUACAUAUAGUUAAGGCAAACAAGAUUUCAAAGAAGCAUAGAGGAACAGUUCAUGCUGUGGGUUAG